AUGAGCAGCCCCCGCCGCCGCCACUGCCGCCGCUCGCCGGCGGCGUCCCCGCUGGAGGACGACGACCUGCUCUCCGAGAUCCUGCUCCGCCUCCCCCCGCAGCCCUCCGCCCUCCCGCGCGCAUCGGCCGUCUGCAAGCGCUGGCGCGGCCUCGUCUGCGACCCCCGAUUCCGGCGCCGCUUCCGCCUCCGCCACCGCCGCAACCCUCCCCUCCUCGGCUUCUUCAACCGAUUCGAUCGCCUCUCCUUCCAGCCCACUCUGGACGCCCCCGACCGUGUCCCUCUCGGGCCCUUCCCCUUUCAGCGCAACGACGGCGGCUACUUCGUCUCCCUCGGAUGCCGCCACGGCCUCCUACUCGUCUUCCUUCCGGGGAUUCUCGAGGUCCUUGUGUGGGACCCCGUCACCGGCGACCGGCACCGGGUGGCCAUCCCCCCGGUGGUCGCGGAACGUGCGGCGGAGAUUGGGGUCGGCGGGGCGGUGUGUCGCGCUCCCGGAGACGUCCAACAUUUCCAGGUGGUCUUGGCGGUGACAGACGACCACGGCGCACAACCUAGACGAGCGCUCGCCUGCGUUUACUCGUCGAAGACCGGCGUAUGGGGAAGUCUCAUCUCGACACCGCUCCCAUACCAGGCUCAUGGAUCCCAGUUUUCCGCCAUCGUUUGUGCCGAGGACGCCGCGCUGGCUGGAGAUUCCCUCUACUGGCCGCUUACUGGGAAAUUGAAUGGAAUUCUCGAGUUUGAUCUGGAGAAGAAGAGGCUAGCCGUGAUACGGGUGCCGGUGCAUAUGUGGGGCGAGCGGGAGCGGAAUGGCUUCAAGCUUGUGCGGGCAGAGGGUGGUGUGCUAGGUUUCCUCUUCAUAUCGCACUCAGACUGCUGCGCCGCCCAGUUAUGGAAGAGGAUAACUGGUUGUGACGGUGUUGCUUCAUGGGUGCUUGCAAGAACUAUUCAGCUGGACAAGCUGCUUUCCCUGAAACCAGAGGAGAAAGGGGGCAUAGAGAUGGUCGGGUUUGCUCAAGACAAUAGUGUGUUGUUGUUGCGGACAGUUAUCGGCCUCUUCAUGAUCCAUCUUGAGUCACUGAAGUUCAAGAAGCUUUCCAACACUACGACCGUGUCUCGCUAUUUUCCAUUCGAAAGUGUCUACACUGCAGGUAAUACCAUGCCCUACACUAAGGUUAGAAAAAAACCAAGUUAUGUGUCGAUAAUUGGCUGA